AUGCUAUCCAUGGACACGCUUCACAACGUGGACACGAUCGGCCUUGCCGCAAUCGAUUUGACGUCCAAUUUGUUUGUCAUGGACGCGCCCGUGCCCGCGCCCAGCAGCCCCGCCUACGUCCGCAGUCUAGCCUUCGGAUCGUUAAGUCCGGCAGUGGCGAUUCCGUUGUGUCGAAAUACGCGCCUCUCGACAUACCAACAUAACGGUGCUCUGUAUGUGGAAGCCAUCACGCGGAACACAGACAUGGACGAGCUCAUCGUGCUUAUCUGGACCGACGGUGGCGAGUUCGACGUUGGCCUCCGCCGAUUCCUCACAACGUCCCCCGAGGGCAGGGGGUACUUGGACUCUAUGUCGCAGCGCCCGUUUCUUUCGACGGAAGACGAAGUUACGUACUUGGCGUCGUUCAACGUGACCACAUGGCUGACACAGUACCAGAACUCCAAGCAGCACGGUAUACAAGAAUACGCGUGGAUACAGCCAACAUUGGGCGGUGUGCACAAGUUGGCUGUGAUGGUGCUGCCCUUCCAGCCCCGCCAAGCGUUCUGGACAACAGUUAACCUCUGCUGUGGCUUUUACUAUGAUUUAUGGUGCGCGAAAUGCGUGAAUGGAAGCUUGAUUCGGACAGACCCCCAAUUUUGGUGGCAAGCAUCGAGAUGA